GUAGCACGUUUCAAUUCGGUCUUUGAUAUUAUUGUGUGCGGAAGUGAGAGACUAGCCAGCGUGUUGGUAGCCCAGAUAAUAAUUUCAAUUGGCUAUGAUUAGCCCCGAUUAGUAGCAGACAAGCUGGAAAGAAACCAGAUAAACUAGUUAAUGCGUCUUGUUAACUACUAUAGUCAAUGUUAGUGUAACAUUCUCCAUUCUGUACAGGGCAAAGAACUGUUUAGCUAAUAGCUAACGUUAGCUAGCUAUUCUAGAGAUGGCCAGGUUCAUUACACCCGGUUCCAUGGAGGCCGUCUCGCGGCUGGACGGUACACCGGGGGGGAAGAGGGGUGCUCCAGCCUUGGACACUGAUACGGACUCCUCACGGGAGAUUAAAACCCACUUCCGUGUGUGUCGGUUCAUCAUGGAAACGGGUGUGAAGUUGGGCAUGCGUUCGGUGCCCGUGGCGACAGCGUGUGUGUUGUACCACCGGUUCUUCCAGUGUGUCAGUGUGACGGUGUAUGAGCCCUACCUGGUGGCAAUGAGCUGCAUCUACCUGGCAGGCAAGGUGGAGGAGCAACACCUCCGCACCCGUGACAUCAUCAACGUGUGUCACAGGUAUUUCCACAGUAGUAGUGAACCUCUGAACUGUGAUGGUGAGUUCUGGGACCUCAGGGACAGUGUGGUGCAGUGUGAACUCCUGGUCCUCAGACAACUCAACUUCCAUGUCUCCUUCCAGCACCCACACAAGUAUCUCCUCCACUACCUCCUGUCGGUGAAGUCGUUAGUGAAUCGUCACGCCUGGUCCAGAACUCCAGUCGCCGAGACCACCUGGGCGUUGCUUAGAGACUGUUACCAUGGCACCAUGUGUGUGCGCUAUGCUCCCCAACACAUCGCCAUAGCAACGCUGUACCUGGCACUACUCAGCUACGGGGUGGAGGUUCCUGUCGGGGAGAGAGAGUGGUGGCAGGUGCUGUGUGAAGACAUCACUAAGGAACACAUUGAUGCCAUCAUCUCUGACCUGCUACAUCUCUACGACAUGGAGGCCAAAUGUACCUGAGGGAGGGGGGGGCCGUGUGUGUGAGGGAG